UUUAAAAAUUGUGUUAUAAAUAGAAGGACAAAGAGUUGGAAGAUGAAAAGAUAUCAAAAUCGCGAAUCCAAUUUAAUCUGUAGCGUGUUUUCAAAGUAGCCGGAAGUGAAAAGAGUGCGGGCGAUGGAGUUUUGCGAGGAGCAAGGAUUCUUCCACCAGGAUUACGAGAACUUUCGUAGUGCCAUCAGCGAUGAUGAGUUCCGUGGAUUUUACCGGUGUAAAACCGAUCAUGAGCGAGUGCUGUUCGUGAACAAAGUGAUUGCGGAACAAUUUAACGAUUUGUGGCAAUUUAAGCGCCAGUUUGACCUUGGCAAGAGCCUUCCGGAAGCGCUCGAGCACAAGGAGCAGGGCAAUAAGGCCUUCCAGUACGAAAAGUGGUCCGCAGCGGUCAAAUGUUACAACAAGGCGUGCCACCUGUUGCCGCAGGAAAACGAUUUGGAGAUGUCCCUCAUAGUUGCGAACCGUUCAGCAGCACUGUUCCACUUGAACAAAUACGAGCAUGCUCUGCAAGACAUCGAACUUGCUCUUGAGCUAAAAUAUCCCCAAGAUAUGCACUACAAGCUAAUGGAACGGAAGGCUCGUUGUUAUUUCGGCAUGAAAGAUUUACCGAAUGCGUUUGAAUAUUACACGAAAACGUACGAUUCGCUUCAGUAUUCCAAUCUGAGUCCGGAAAAGCGAGAAAAAUGGAUAAAGGACACCCAAAAGAUGAUCAUCGACCUGGAGUUGCGCAUCGCCAACGUGAGAAAAUACCUGGAACCGGUGAAAAACAGUUUGAUGAAAAAAUUUGAACCGUACGUGGACAAGUCGCUGUACUUUGACUGCACCGAAACGGAGGGCAGAUUCGCCCGGACUAGGAUCGAUCUUAGACCGAACCACGUCCUGCUGAGGCAAUUGCCACACGCAGCCGUCGUCACCGGGGAGUUUUGCGAAAGCCACUGCGAUCACUGCUGUCGACGGGUUGAGAUCCUGUUUAGCUGUCCGAGGUGUAUGGAUGUGAUUUACUGCUCGAGUGAGUGCCAGAAGACUGCCCAGGAUAGCUAUCAUCGGUUCGAGUGCGGAUUUUUGCCGUAUCUGAAGAACUCUGGAGCGAAUGUGGUGGCCAUGCUGGCGUUGAGGAUCGUUACGCAAAAGUCGCUUGAUUACUUUGUUGAAAUUAAGGACGAGCUGGGCAGCUUGGGCAGUGAGGAGGUUGACAGAUUACCAGUUGACGACUACCGAAGGAUUUACAACUUUGUGACGCACAGUGAGGGUAGGGACACGGAAGAAUCGCUAAAGUGGGCCUUCAUGGCGGCGCUUCUGAAUACCGUACUAAGUCUAGGUUAUUUCUAUAGAUCAAGAUAUCUCGACAGUUACAUCGGAACUCUUUUGCUGCACAACCUGCAAGUCGUGACCUUUAACUCGCAUGAAAUAUCCGAACUGCAGCGCAAAUCGCCACGUGAUACCGGAAUUUCCGUGUGUAUCGGGGCAGGUCUCUACCCAACUCUGGUCCUCUUCAACCACUCGUGCGAUCCCGGCAUAACUCGGUACUUUAUCGGCAGUGCCGUCUUCGUCCGUACGGUUCGGAACAUUCCCGCAGGCUCGGUGGUCGCGGAAAACUAUGGUCAGCUGUUUGUGCGGGCUCCACGCCACGAACGGCGAAAGUCGCUCAAGAAGUUGUACAAGUUUGAUUGCUACUGCCAAGCUUGCUACGAGGAUUGGCCAACCUUUUUCGACAUGAACCCGUCGGUUGUGCGGUUCCGGUGCGCCGCAACGGAGGGAUGCGAAAACGGGCUAAUUUACACCGAAAGAUUGGACCAGAACGUGAUGAAGUGUGAAAAGUGCAACGGGAUUACCGAUGUCAACAACAGCUUCCGCUCGUUAAAGGACACCUGUUUGCUGCAACGCUACCAGGAAGCGACUCAGCUGUACGAGCAGCGAGAGUACGAGCGGGCUUUGUCCAAGUACGCGGCCUUGAUGACCUCGAUGGAUGAAGUACUGGUGAAGCCCUACCGGGAGUAUCAUCUAUGCCAGCAGGGGAUUCGGAGAUGUUCGCUGGAGUUGGGCAAUAAGCAUACGGAGCGGGUUUGAGUUGAAAAAAUUGAAUGAUAAGAUGUCUUCUGGAUGAAUUUUAAUAAUUUUUAUAGCAAACUGGAGCAAAUAAAAGAAAAUCUGAAAGUACUGAAUA